GAUGAAGUUUUGGAAGGGCACGUUAUAGCAAAAUUCUUUGUUCCAUCUGAGCUGGACUGUUUGCAUAGAUGUGUGUUGUCUGACAAUUGCGUGUCAUUCAACUAUCAGCGGUUGAGUUUCAAAUCAACACGACGUACUUGUGAGCUAAACGACGUCACUCUGCUGUCUUCCGGUGAGACACUCGUGAGACGAAAUGGAUAUUCUUAUAAAGAGCCGAUCGAAUUGCCCUACGACGUAAGUAAUAGAGUGCAUUUGGAUCACAAAGUUGAAUAACAUCUGCGCAUGCCUCAAGCACGCCUUUCAAUCCAUAGCAACAGUAUAUAAUCAUCAACAAAUACGGCGAUUAUUUCAAAAAUGCUGAAAGCAUUCAUCCAUUGAAACCGCUAUUUAGAAAAUCUAAAAUACCAUCGCUAACACCAUCCAGUACAAAUGUCGACAUCACUGUAGCCCAGCUUGACAACAUGCAUUUUGCAACAGUUCGCAGCCAAAUUUCAGCUAAUGUGUAAGCAUAAAACUAUUGUAUGCGAAUAAAUAUUUCGUGUCCCUGUGAAGGAUAGUCUUAAGCGAAUUCUUAAGUUUUUAGAUUAACCUCUUUGCUUAACCUCGGAAGAAAAUCAUACCACUUUGAAAUAUUUUUAAAAAUCCGCCAUUUUUAUUAAAUAUUGCUAUGGUUUCAAGUUUUAGCUCACGAAAAUACCAAGCACAGAUCGCUCAGUUUAUGGCAAUGAAGUGCAAACAUUGAAUAAUAUUUGUUGCUCAAUGCAAGAGAAACAGAGUAAAAAUAAUUAUUAUUUUCUUUUUUUCAUUUUUCCUCUGACUUGCAUGUUUUAGGGAGAUAAACACCAGACAACUAGCAAAGAAAACCGUCAGUUAGAACUGACAUCUUCAGCUGAAGGUUAGUUAGACAUAACUCCCCAAUCGUGACUUUUCUGUACCUUGCUUUGUAAAUAAUAACAGAACUAAGUACAAAGUGGGCCCUGGUGAGUCAAAUAUUUAUUGUUUAUUCGCCAGUUAAACUCAUAGAAAACAGAAAAAUUUCCUUUUCUUAACGGAUGCGUGACGCCAGACGGGGAUAAUUCCCAGUUUUUAACUUUUUAAAGGAUUUUGGUUUCAAGUAUAAGAUGAUGGUGCCUUGAACGCCAAAAAUCGCAACAAAUAUCCUAAUUUUAUAACAUUAUCAAAUUUUCAAACCGACUGGAAUUUCAUUUAGAAAUUUACUGAAAUCUUUAAGAUUCAGUAUGGCUUCCUGUCAUAUUUUAGAUAUCUUCCUGGAAAAAAAAGAUCAUAAGAUCAUACAGUGGUUAGUUAUAUUAACUGUCCCAAUAAAAUCUUAGAUCCCACCCUUCUCACAACCAGCUUACCAAUAAUUUUCAUUUACCUUUCUGCUGGUUUAAAAGAUAAGCUAGUACAAGAGAUUAUAAACUGUCCGAUAAUAUUGACAAAAUUAAUCACACUAAUAACAAUUAUGAUAAAAGCAAUCAAAGUUUCAGUAACAAUGAUAAUGACCAUGACGACCAUGAUACUAUAGAUAAAAUCAUGAGUAAAUUGUCCGUGAUGUAAAUUUGGUAAGGUUUUUCAAAGGUAAUCUCCAGCUUACUGUUGCUUCUUUGGAGAAGCACAAGGAACAACACUCUAAGGGAAUCUUAGCUUACUCGAUAUUAAUUUUGUUGCAAUCAAUUUUUGGCAUGUGGCAGAAAUGUCUUCAAUAUCAUCGAUGACAUCACCAUCUGUUAUUGUAAUGUCGAAGUCUUCCUUGUCAACUCUAUCAAAGACGUCAUCGCCUGUCGCGUCAAUGAUAGUGUCUUCAAAUGCACUGGCUACGUCAUCUAUGAUAUCAUCUCCUUUGUCUUCCAUGAUAAUACUAUCAAAGACUACUUCGUUUGUCACGUCAUGGAUAUCGUCAUCAAAUGUACUCGCUAAGUCCUCUAUGAUUUCAUCUGCUUUGAUGUCUCUACCUUCCUCACAAAAAUCAGUUAGACAGACCACAUUUAGAAUAACGAUGACAUCAUCAGCUUCUCUACUUAAUUCCACGUCAGGAGUAAUGACAUCGUCAAUUACUCUGUUGUCGUCAUCUUCACAACCCCAAGCAGGUAAAGAGCAUCAUUUUGUUUCUCUGUACUCAAUAUUGAUUGAGUAUAUUGUGUUAUAGGAUUGUUUGCAACUGCACUUGGCUUAAUGGCCAAAUCAUUAAAGUAUAUCGAGUUGAUAGGACUGUAAUUAAUGGUUCAUUUCACAUUGAAUGCUGAGUUAUUAGGUCUUGAGACUGAAACUGACCUAAAUAUCACAGUAAAGAGAACUAAUGCGUAGGAUGAUACACGAGUGAAAUCAGCGAGCUUUCCUCGAAACAAAUUCACGUACGUUCGCCUAAGUUCUGUUCAAAGGCAUUGAUCUAAGGCAGCAACCGUUAUAAGGACCUUCAGCGUACAAAGCCUUUGAGCAGGAAAGUGAAAAUCACGCAGUUUCUAUCCCUCGCUUAAACAGCCUGUAAUAUCUCACCUGCUACAUUUGGAGUUGUGUGAAAGGUUUUUAUAAAAGAAUGGCACUUCUAAAAGACGGGUGUAAUUUAGUGUUCCAUGAUAUUUAUUUAUCUAUUUAUCAAGAAUUUAAUCGACUUAUUUACUUAUUUAUCUAUCAUUGAUUUAUUCAUUCACUUAGUCAUCAUUUCAGCCCUUUAUUCCGAGAAGUAAGCUGGGAAGCCUCGGCCUCGUGCCCUUGCUUAGUUUUCUAAACUCAUUUCAAAAACUCUUAACGUGAGGGAAGGGGAACCAGAACAAUAAUGAUUUGACUCGAUGAAUCGUCGUGUACCUUUUUUUCUCAGACUGCACGGGCGGCUGGUAUCGAUAUAGAACUGGAUGUAUUCGAUUUUUUACCCAACCUAAAACAAGAGCAGAUGCAAAUUCACACUGUAAGAGUUUCAUGACUUCUUACAAUGAAAAAGGAGGUCUGAUUAAGAUCCCGUCCGUUGAAGACAAUGACCAAGUUGUUAGCCUUGCCCCUCAGAAUGGUAAGUAGAAUGACAAACAAGCAGAAAUGAUUUGAAAUGAUUGCUUUUUCUUCUCCGUUACUGGCAGGUCAGUGUUAUACUUGAGUUUCAGUUGCCGGAAAAUUAGUCACAACUUUUCAACGUAUACUUAAAACAAUGAUGCCAUAAAAUUCCUGCUAUUUACAGCUGCCAAAAAAUCUCAUACUGUAUAAAACUUUCAAUAAGAAUGUUUGAAUGUAAAUGUUUUAAUACGUUCUACCAUUUAUCAUGAGAUAAAAGUAGUUUUCAAAACUCUCCCAAAAUCUUUAAAACGUGAAGCGUGAUGUGAUAUUUUGUGUCAUUCAAGAGAGAUCGUUUCCUUUCCAAUGUGGCAAACUUUGGUUAUCAUUAUUUAACGUCACUCAGUUCAGGGGACAUAAUAACCUUAUCAAUUGCACAAGAGAAAAUCUCUCAUUUUCUGUUUAGCAGUUGAGUCUGACACACAUUCUUAAUGCUUGUUAAAAAGAAACUUUUACCUGUAUGGUGCAGAGGAGCAGAGAACACGUCAUCUCAUUGGAAUGUGCUGCUCAUAAAAUCAAUCACUGUAGAGUAACCUUGCAACGUGGAAAUGUGUGAUGUGUGAUUAGCUCACUCAAAUUUAUUUUAACUUGGUUGUCUGGUAGUGUGGAAGUGUGGAAGUGUGGAAAUCUGGAAAUAUUCAAAUUAGUCUUUACCUUACUCACAUUUAUCUCAACUUGGUUGUCUGGAAGUGUUGUAGUGUGGAAGUGUGGAAAUCUAGAAACAUGCAAAUAAGUCUAUAUGCAAAUUAGUCAAUCGUCUGCCAUCUUGGAUUUUGAACUUCUCGCAAAUAUGCGGCUUGGAACGUUAAGUGAUCGAUCAAGCUCUCUAUCGCUACAUUAUAAACAGAACCUCUAUUUAUGGGUAAUUUUAAGCUAUGUACGCUGAAGUCGAACAGAUUAUUUUCAACAAAGCAAAGUCACGCGCGGCAAUAACUUUAUCUUUUACAGCUGUUUGGGGUGAGUUAAUUGCGACAAAGCUCCUUUUAAAAGGUUUUUUCGAUUUUAACAGAGGCAUUUAUAAGAACUAUGCUUAGAGCCCAGAAAAUACAAUCUGAGUGAAUAAAUGAGUCUUGAUCGAUGUAUGUGGCUACAAGUUGUGUUGUAUCUGAACAAACAUGCGUAAAACGACAGUGCCUCACAAUUCGUGGCUCGUUUUAACUUCUUGUCGUGAUAUGCAUAUCAACACUUCAGUAAAUUACACCGUAUGACUUCUGAGCACACAAGAAUUGGCCAAUAGUCUCAUAAAUUAUACAUUUAAAUCAACAUUAGCCACUUUUUCCUGAAUUUAGCCGAAGAAAAAGUAACAAAACAAUUUAUAAUUAAGCAUAAAUGUACUAAAAUGUAACUUGUAAAUUUCUUUACGCUGGUGCGGAAAGAAGGAAAUAAAAUGAAGAAAUUUAUUUGGGCGCAGACUUGAACCUUUCAAAAGCAAAGCGAGAUGCAUUAUUUUGAAAGGCAAACAUGGCACGACAAAUUUAAGUUUACCAGGCGCAAAACCGUUGAUUUGCAUAUUUCCAGAUUUCUGCACUCCCAUACUUCCACACUACCAAGUAGACAAAUGCUAGUGAGGUAAAGACUAACCUAGUUGCGUAUUUCCAGAUUUCGACACUUCCAAACUUCCACACUAACAAGUUAAGAUAAAUUUGAGUAAGGUAAAGACUUAUUUGCAUAUUUUCACACUUCCACACAACCAGGUUAAGAUUGAUGUGAGUAAGGUAAAUACUUAUUUGCAUAUUUCUAGAUCUCCACAUUUCCACACCUCCACACUACCAAAUUAAGAUACAUGCGAGUAAGCUAAUUACACAUCACAAUAAUCACAGGUCACUCUAACGUGAUUAAUUUUAUAUGCAGCACAUUCCGUUGUGAUGACGUGUUCUGUGCUCUUCUACCCCAAAUAAAGCCAAAACUGUGCUUAAAGAAAAAUAUUUUAUUUUUCACAGUUAAUUUGAGAGGUUAAAAUUAAUCACUAAUUAAAGUAUAGGAUAAGUAAGCUUCAAAAACUAAACAAUUUUCAUCUCCGCCUUCUUUUAAACCCAUAGAACCAUAAUACUGACCCCAUUUUUAAAUUCUAAUGAGUACCCUAAUCAGUCGAAAGUUUGAUUACCGACGUCGCCAUUUUAGACAUGGGUGGCAUGUCCGCCUAACCUUGACUUAACAGUUCACAACAAGGCUGUGAACUGGAGCAUAAGUUGAAUGAAAUCUUGGACAACCGUAACCAAGGCAUUAUCUGAUUGAGACCGUUAUGUUUUGGCUCCUGUCAUUUGAGUUCGAUUCUCUAGUAAUAGCCGUUCGGCCAGGUUACGAAGCUGUUUUUUAAUUGACGGCGUUUGUUGUUUGCACAUUUGACCUGAAACACGGAGUUACAAUUCUGAUCUCAAAACGUAGUAACCAGUUCUUGCUUGUGGCACAUGCUCUCAAGGGCGGAAAAAGAGAAUCGCUUCUUUUCUUGCAGUUUGUAAUUUCUUGGUUUUCAGGGAAUUAGAAUGGAGAGGAAAAGUGUAAGAAAUAAGAGGAAAGUUUCAAUUAGUUUUGCUGUCCACUCACCCAAUACGGAUUUAGUCACUUCCUCAAAAGCAACCAAUUACAAAAGGACCUUUAUAUAACUCUUCAAGCGAAAAGUUGAGCCAUUUAUUAAUACGAUAUGACUAAAACUAACUCAGAACGUUUCAGUCUUCAUUUUAAUCUGAGGUAAGUUUCUAAAGAAACUAUGAUGCUGCGUCGGUGGGAGAGCUAGCAAGUCAAUUUGGUAUUAUCAACUGAGUUGAUUACGUAAAUUUGCCACCGUUAGGAGUUCAAAGUUGACUUUACGAGCGUUAGCCCUUCGUCAGAGCUAAUGCAUUAUUUCAUUUUUAUCGAUUCCUUUAUCUUGUUUUCACGGCAGGAAAAUACUAUAUUGGUCUGACAGACACGAAUCAAGAGGGUGUAUAUCGCUGGAAAUGGACCACAGAUGACGCUACUUAUUUCAACUGGGAGUCAGGCUAUCCUCAAGCGACCAACAUUGAGAAAGAUAGAGACUGUGUUGUAAUAUCAACUCAUACCGAUAACUCUUAUAAAAAGUGGUCCACUGUGCACUGCACUAACAGCUGGAGGUAUAUAUGCGAGUGUAAAAGUGCGUGCUCUUAG